UUCAGGAUGAUUAUUCCUAUUGUUUUGAGUGUCUUUGCUCUUUCGGAUUCAUAUGCUCAAGUCAUCACCCUGGAUGUAGGAAAGGUGAAAGGAUUUGAGUAUAAAACUGCAAAAGGCGAUAUUGCCGAAGUUUUCCUCAAUAUUCCGUAUUCAGAGCCUCCUUUGGAGAACCUCAGAUUCCGAAAGCCUAGAAUUCCAAAAGAUUGGACCGAAAUCCGUGAUGGCACAAAAUUUGGCCCGGUUUGUCAUCCGAUUGUGAGAGAAGCUGUGCCAUCUGGCGCGCAGGCCAGCGAAGAUUGUCUCACACUUAAUAUUAUUCGUCCGAAGAAGAAGCCUCCAAUGUCUGGUUAUCCUAUACUCUUCUGGAUCCAUGGUGGAGGUUAUAGCGUCGGAUCAGCAUUUGAAGUCGGAUAUAAAAGUCUUGCCGACAUCUACGUGCCCGGUGAUAUAAUCGUUGUGACCAUACAGUAUCGCCUGGGAGUCUACGGAUUCUUCUCUUCUGGUGAUGAGCGCGUGUUAGGAAAUCUGGGCUUAUUCGACAUAGCUGAGGCACUCAAGUUUGUCUACGGUAACGCGGCGUACAUUGGUGGGGAUCAGUCGCGUAUUACCGUCUGGGGUCAUAGUGCUGGUGCUGGUGCUGCUGGUCAGCUAAUUCUCAGUCCAAUUACGAGAGAUAUGGUAAAUCAAUCAAUCGAAAUGUCCGGAUCACCAUGGGCAUCUUGGGCUCUCGGUGCUAAUGUUGUGAAGAACUCGAUGGAAUUGGCUAAGCUGUUUGAAUGUGACAGAAAUAUCAGAGGAUGCUUGAGAAAGAAAUCUCCGGACGAAAUCUAUGAUGCUGUUGAGAAACUGUGGGGCCCGGUAAUUGACAAAGUAUUUCUUUACCAUCCAGAUGAUUUAAUAUUAUUGGCACCUCGGAAAAAAUCUAUUAUUGGUUUUACAAACAAGGAAGCUGCACUAUUUACCAUCAUGGGGGUAGCCCCAUUCCUUCAUAAAUUCGGCAUCAACCCUUCGAAUUAUCCGGAAUGGACCAGAGAGAAGUUAGUCAGUACAAUUAAGAAAUACGUAGAAUUAGUUUAUACUGGAAGCGAUGCACAAAAUAUCAUUGACAAUCUCGUGUCAUACUAUGUGGACAAAGGAGAAGAGAAAAAUUACGAGUUUUAUAUAGACCGAUAUACGCAAUUUAUCAGCGACGCUAUUUUCAAUGUACCGAUUGUUGACGGAAUUUUGAGUCGUCGAAAAGCCGGUUGGACGAUUUACGCCUACUUUUUAGAUCAUUAUAAUGAUGCCAUUUGGAAUGAUAGAGUGCCAAAAAGAUUGAGAGGUGCAGCACAUGCAAGCGAGUUUCCAUAUAUAAACGGAAUGCAUAUGCUGGGUGAUUUUACAUUUGAUGAAAAUGAACAGAGAAUCGCGGAUAUUUUCCAACAAUCUAUAAUUGAGUUCGUCAAGAGUGGGGUUGCAGUAAAUCAGCAUGAAAUUUGGCAUGAUACCGGAAAGGGAGCCAAGCUUGAAUACCUGAGAAUUGCUCCGCAUUCUGAAAUGAAGCAGGGCUUGAACAACGAGACCAUCGACUUCUGGCACAAACUCCGCAAUCACAGUUUUGAUCUUGUCGAACUAAUGCCCUCAAGGAAUAACAAAAGACUGCUGGAGAGCGGUUAAAAGGCCUAUCUACUGUACACUUUUUGGAAUCUGCAUUAUUCUUCCUUGUUCAAUGUUUUCAUAACUUAUGUGUUUAGCAGCAAAUCAGAUGUAUAAAGCUUCU